AUGAAAAAAGUUUUAAAAUUUGUUAAAGGGAAAAAGGAUGAGAAAAAAGAUGGAGGAGGAGGAGGAAUCACACCUUCGCAAUCCGGAGAUUUGUUAAGUCCCAUUCAAACACCGGACGAUGAAAAAUAUUUAGGAUUAGACAAUGCUUCCGGAUACGUUGUGGAUUUUAGUGGAAAAGAUAAAACCGUGACGAAAUUGCACAAGGCGGCUUGGUUUGGUAAUUUGGAUAAAUUAAAAUCCGCAUUGAAAAAAAUCGAAAUCGAUGCCACGGAUCGUCAUCAGAGAACGGCUCUUAAUUUUGCCGUAGUUCAAGGUCAUCCGAACAUUGUUUGGUAUUUGUUGGGCAACAAUGCUAACACGUCGAUAUGUGACGACGAAGGUUGCACGCCUCUUUUAAAAGCUAUUGAGUGCGGUCAUAAAGAAUGUUUGAAAUUACUUCUCGACCGGGGAGCGGAUGUAAAUGCGACAGAUUACACUGGAAAUACGGGACUCCACAUAGCUGCAAAACAAGGUUCGCUUGACAUAGUUUCCGCCCUUUUAAAUAAAAAUGCCCGCACCGAUAUAAGUAAUAACACCGGUGAUUAUCCGUUACAUUUUGCCAUCAAGUCAGAUAAUAAAGAAUUAGUUGAUUUGUUGUUGAAAUUUAAAGCGGAAGUCAACGUUUUGGACAGAGAAAACAGAACACCGUUAAUGUUGGCCGCUAAAAAUGGUAAUCUUCCAUUAACAAAAUUAUUACUUGAAACCGGUGCUCAAUUAUCUCUUGUCGAUUCUAAUGGAUGGACCGCAGAAGAUUAUGCAUUGCUCGGAGGCCAUAAUGACAUCGCAUUAAUACUCAAACCAAUGCUCAAGGACAAAAGUGAAAUUCCCAAAGGAGAAAAAAUUACCAACGACAAAACGGAUUUAAUUAAUCAAAAACAAAUGAGUGAAUCUUGGGACGACAGUAAAUCAGACAACAGUGACACGAAUGAAAGUGUUUCGAAAAAGCUGAAGGAAUUUUUCAAAAGUUGUUCCAUUGAUAAAUCCGAAACGGAAGAAAAGGAAAAGAGUGAAAAAAGCGAAACAACUCCGGAUUCGCCGAACGUCGAAGUCAUUCCUCCAUUUUGUCAGCCACCGCGAAGUUGGGACAUGAUUCAGGCUGGAAUGAUCGAUGGUAAUAAAACUGGAGUCGAGCCAAAAAGGUUGAGUUUGACAACGUUGGGAACUCUUCACUCUCGAAGAGAAAGUUUUACCGAAGGUUCGUCGGUCACAUCACCGAAAUACACAUUAAGUUUAAAUCGUAGGAAAGAUGCCAAAAUCGAUAAAUCAUUUGCCAAACAAAGAUUUAGCUUUCACGAAGAAAUAACUCUUAAAAAUUUUUUUAAUCAAAACACAUCAAAAGAAAUCGAUUUGAUGAAAAGUUCGAGUUUGAAAAAACUCGAAAUCGAAAAAGAUAAAUCGAAUAAAUCGUUGGAAAAUGAUGAAUCGAAAAAUAAAAAUGAUGAACUUUGUGAUACUACCGAUAGUAAUAAAGUCAUAUCAAUAAAUAAAUCUGCUCACGAAUUAAAAGUCACUAGUCCUUCAGAAAAUGUAAAUUCUUUCGAAAAUGAUGGCGGAAUGGAAAAAGAACAAAAAAAUGAAGAGAAGGAAGAAAAUUUGAGUCCCGUAUUUAAACAAGUUGAAAAAGAAGAAAAGUACAACAGUUGGGAUUCGCAAAGUUCAGAACAGGGAAAAGAAACAAAUUUUCCAUCUCCACCUUCUGCUCUUGAACUUGGUGCCGACAUGGCAAAAUCGUUAAAAUUUAUGAAAGGAAUGUCGAUUGAUCGUCCAUCGGUCAAACCGUCUGAUAAAAACAUAUGGAAAAAUGCAUACGAAACUCGUUCGAUUGAUUUUCUGGAAGAAAAUACAACAAUUCCAGAGAUUUCGAUAAAUAAUUUUACUAAAAGACACGUGAGACAACAUUCGACGUCACAAAAUUGGAUAAGUAAAGAUAUAUUACCGUGCCAAAAACCCGUUGAUAGACUCAUUGACGUUAACAGAAGAAUAAGCGAACAACUCGAAUGUUACGAUCAAGCUCUCAAAGAACUUGCAGAAACUUCCAGUGCCAAAAAAGCAUUAAAAUUAACAGCUGAAAAAAUUUCAGCAUCGCAAAAUUAUUAUUCUCUACCGUCAUCGAAAGGUAAAACUUACAACGAAGAUAAACGAACGGUUCCGGAAAGAAAAGAAUUUAACAAUAGCGGCCCUUCGUCGGCUCCGACAUUAAUGGAAAAUUACAUAAAGACAAAAAAAACGGAUGACGGUGAUGAAAACGUAACAAAACAACCGGAAACGGUUAAAUCGGCAAAGGAUAAAACAUCACCGAAAACAGAUUCGGACAAAGUACAAAAACCUUCUCCUCCGACGCACGUCAAUUCUUUCGAUGGUACCGAAAGGAAAACCAAACGACACAUACUAUUAGCCAUGAGAGAAGUCAAACCAUCUCCAAAUAUAGCAGCAACAUUUAAAGCAUCGAUAGAUGAUCAAAUUUUAUCACCUCUGACAAAACCCGACGAUGAUAGUUUUGAUGGAGAUGAUAAAAACAGUUCGAAAGUAUCGUCGGAGAGUGAAAAAGAAAGUCCCAUGAACGGUAAUUAUUUUUUCGGAUUGGGAAGACAGGAAACGGUUAAAGAAAAACCGGAUGUCGGUAGAAGAAAAUCUAGUAGUUCGGAAACUGGAGAAGAACCAACACUUUGGCUACAAGACGAUUCGAAUAAAAUCGAUGUAUUAUCACACGAAUCUGAUAAUGAUGUUUCCGAAAUAGCAGAAGACGAACGUGGUAAGAAAAUGAAAAAUCGGAAAAAGUUUUAA